GGGCCAGCUCACAUCGGGCAGCCAUUCGUCCCGCGGGGGAGCCGCACGCGUGCACCCCAUCGGACGCCGUCGCCGGAACACCGUCGACCGGAAGCCAUGCAAAGCGCCGUCAAUGCCUUGGCCUUCCCCGUGCCGGACAAGGCCUGGUCCGUCGCGCUGCUGCGGCGGCGGAGCGACCUCGUGCUAUUGCGGACGGCGAGCGGCGAGACGACGGCGUGUGUCCACGUGCACUCCAAGGCGAAGAGGAGGCGGCGCAUGACGCUACUCUACAGUCACGCGAACGCGGAGGAUCUCGGAUUGGCCCUGCCCUUCGUCGAGGCGCUCGCGAGGUACGCGGGCGCCGACGUGCUCGCGUACGAAUACUUGGGCUAUUCCCUGGCGUCGGGCGAUCCGUCGGAGCAGGGGUGCAUGGAAUGUAUAGACGCGGCGUACGCGUACUUGACAAGGGACUGCGGCAUCGAUCCGAAGCAGAUCAUUGCGUAUGGGCGGUCGAUCGGCAGCGGGCCGACGGUCGACCUGUGCGCCCGGCAUCAGGUGGGCGGCAUGAUCCUGCAGUCGCCGAUCGCGUCCGCGGGACUCGUGGUCAUGCCUUCCUUCGCGGCGCGCGCAUUAUCCACUUUCGACUUGUUUAGGAACUACGAGAAGAUAAGUUCCGUGACGUGCCGGUCGUUGCUGAUGCACGGGCGCGACGACCAGAUGGUCCCCUUCGCGCACAGCCACGACGUCCUGUACCCCCUUCUGGUCGACCCGCACGCGCCGGUCUGGCUCGAGGGCUGCGGCCACCACGACAUGCCCGACGACGCGUGCCUGCGGGCGGUCUCGGACUUCGUUGGGUUCGUCGGCGACCGGUCCGUCGGCGUCGAGGCGCGGCGGGUCGACGACGGCGGCUGGCCCCUCGUGGCGUCACUCUUCUCCUAA